AAAGAAAUAAGUAAAUAAAGUAAUACUAGUAACUGUACUGCACUGUAUAAUAGUUUCUGAACAGUGCCUCACGCUGAAUUCUGCGUCGACAAAAAGUUUGGUGAGAACUAUCCAAACUAUGGAAACGUUCGAAUCAAAAAGUUUUAACUAAGAAGAUUCAUUAUAAAAUUCUUCUCAAUGUCAAAAACAACAGGACAACUUCAAGACAACUAUGUCACAUGUGAUGUGACACUAAUCACUGACACCAGAAAAAUGAAGCAACCAAAACAUUGAUCCGCGUUCUCUCAAUUUUCCAUUCCCAAAACUAUCUGACCAGCCCAGUGUAGCUCGCUGACCGAGCUUUUCUCUUCCAGCACAAAUCCAUAUUCAUAAAAAGUACAAAUGGAACAGAAAAUAUGCCCUGGAUGCGAGGAACCUGAGGUAGAAAAGCGGCCAGCGUGCCCUUUGCAAUGCGGGUCUGAUAAGUGUAAGGCCUAUCAGAACAAGGUUUGUGGUCUACUGACCUUUAAAUCAAAGGCUAUGAAUACAUUUUCUAAUAAGUAAUCUCUUUCAAUGUGUCCUAAGUUCCUAACCAAAUCAUAAGGGUGUGUCAUGUGUGUUUGUUUUAAGCUUUCACAUAAAAAAAUGGCUGAACCGUUGGGUUCGUUGUGAACUAAGGUAUUGCCUUGAAGACGCUAGGCUACUUUUUAUCCUGGUGCUCGAAGGAAGGCUAAUAUUAACGACAAUUUCGUGUAUCAUGUCUAGUCAAAAGUCGACCCAGCAACGAAGCCAAUAGUGUGGAUUUUGGGUGGUCCAGGCUGUGGAAAGUUUACCCAAUGCAAGAAGAUCAUGGCAAAGUAUGGCUUCACACAUCUGUCUACCGGAGAUAUAAUACGCGCUGAGGUGGAAACCGGCUCUGCCAGAGCCAAGUGCCUUGCUUCUAUCAUGAAUCGAGGUGGGCUGGUCCCAAAUGACUUCGUUUUGACUGUGCUGAAAGAAGCAAUGGAAAAGAAAGCCCAGGAAGGAGUACGCGGCUUUCUCAUUGAUGGCUACCCUCGCGAGAAGUCGCAAGGCUGUGAGUUCGAGAAAGCUAUUGGGCGAGUUUCAGCCAUACUAUUUUUCGACGCGUCAGUGGAAUCGCUGGUGUCCAGGGUGCUAAACCGGGCACAGACAUCAGAUCGAAGUGACGACAACAUGGACACUUUGAAACUCCGCAUCGCGACCUUCUUGAAGCACAACCAGGGCGUGAUUGAACCUUACGGAGACAGGGUCUACAGGAUAAAUGCAGAUCAAUCGCCAGAUGAGAUCUUCGUGGAGGUAGAAAAAGUGUUAGACCCCAUAGUUGCCGAAGCUGAGGCAGCUGAAGCCGCAUUACAAGAGGCCCGCGCUAACCAGAUGUCUGAAGCUAUGCUCGCAUUCAAAAAAUCUGAAACUAAGCUGGCUGGCUACCGAUCUUUGAGCCUCGAUCAACCGGUGAAACUCAACAAGCCGGCUUCUAGACGCGAAAGUCAUAACAAAAUGAAGACUGGUAGCAACCACAAACGCACACCAAGCAGAUGAAAGUUUAGGAAACUCUUUUGGACAGUCUGAAAAUCAUUUGAAGCAAUAAAUACAUAUUUACCACGUUA